AUGGCACCCUGGGGGCUCCUCGUGACUGGCGCUUCCUUUGCGGCGUUUCGGGGACCGCACUGGGGGCUGCAGCUACUGCCCACACCGGAAUCUGCUGCUCGGGAUGGCUGGAAGUGGAGAAACAUCUGUGUCUCCCUGAUGCAUAGCCUGCUUUCGGGAGCAGGGGCACUGCUUGGGCUGUCGCUGUAUCCUCAGAUGGCCUCCGACCCGAUUCAUGGCCACCCACCUUGGGCACUGAUCCUAGCAGAGAUGUCAGUGGGCUAUUUCCUGGCAGAUGGAGUCCACAUGCUAUGGAAUCAGACCUUGGCCCAGGCCUGGGAUCUUUUCUGUCACCAUUUGGUGGUAGUGAGCUGCCUCAGCAUUGCUGUUUGGUCUGGCCGCUACGUGGGCUUCUCCAUGGUGUCUCUGCUCCUGGAGCUGAACUCUAUCUGCUUGCACCUGCGGAAGCUGCUGCUGCUUUCACAACAGACCUCAUCCUUGACUUUCACAGUGACCAGUUGGGCCACCCUGACCACCCUGGCCUUCUUCCGACUGUUACCCUUGGGACGGAUGAGUCUGUGAUUGUUCUCACAGCACUACCAGAUGCCUCUUGCUCUGGUCAUCCUUGGUGGAACUGGACUGGUCACUGUGGGUACCAUGAGCAUCAGACAGGGUGUCCGAAUUCUGGUCAGUGAUAUCCUCCGGUCUCGACCCUACCAGUCCAUUCUUGUGCAGAAGGAGACUCAGGGGAUCAGGAUAUGUGAUGGUGAGCCUGUCACCAGCAAUUCCACUCUCAGUCUGAAAGACUAG